ACAUAUUCUUGGCUCUAUGUAAUGUUUAUGCGAUUUAUUAACAUUACGUUGUUCUAUUGUUUUAUUUUUAUGAUUAUUCUAAGUCUAGUCUUUCGCAUCGAGGCGACGAAGCAACAGACUGCGAGACGGCGCGAGCGUAAACAGUCCUCAGCUUUCUCACAUCCAGCUGCGCCAGCGGGACAACAACAGCCGCCCCUCCUCAGAGGCAGAGCGCUGACGCUUUUCUUCUUCUUCUUUAUUUUAUUUUACGCACAGCCACGAUUCUGACGCACAGGUGAACUUCUCUUCCCUCGACCGCGCAGCAGCAGCAGCAGCAGCAACUUAACGCGGAGUAAAGUGUUCUCCCCUCUAACCAACCCGAAACUUCACUUGAGAAGCUUAAAAGUUGAACCCGGAGCCAUGUCCAGGAAGAAGGCAGCGAAGGGCAGAGGGACCUCCAAGAGCCCAAAGGCGUCUCCGAGCAGCGGGCGGACGGCGAAGGGUCUGGCCGCAGCCGGCGCGCCGUCCUCGGCUCUGGUCUACCCGAGCAAACCGUCCAUCAGCAACAGCGGCGAGUUUUACGACAUCGCUUUCAAGGUGAUGCUGGUGGGGGAUUCAGGCGUGGGAAAGACCUGUCUGCUGGUCCGCUUUAAAGACGGAGCCUUUUUAGCCGGCAGCUUCAUCUCCACCGUCGGCAUCGAUUUCAGGAAUAAAGUCAUGACCAUCGAUGGUGUGAAGGUCAAACUGCAGAUUUGGGACACAGCUGGUCAGGAGCGCUUCCGCAGCGUCACACACGCCUAUUACCGUGAUGCCAACGCUCUGCUGCUUCUGUAUGACGUCACCAACAGAGCGUCCUUUGACAACAUCAGGGCGUGGCUGACGGAAAUUCACGAGUACGCCCAGCAGGACGUGGUGGUCAUGCUGCUGGGCAACAAGGCCGACUCCACACAUGACAGGGUGGUGAAGCGAGAGGAAGGAGAGAAGCUGGCCAAGGAGUUUGGAGUGCCCUUCAUGGAGACGAGCGCUAAAUCAGGACUGAAUGUGGAGUUGGCCUUCACUGCUGCGGCCAAAGAGCUGAAGCACCGGACCAUGAAGGAACCAGACGAGCCAAAGUUCCAGCUGCAGGAGUACGUGGACAAAGAAAUGAGGGUCGCUGGCUGCUGCCGGACCUAGACCGCACCCGGUGUGUUGAUCAUGUCGGUACUGAACGCAGCGAAAGAAAGCAGGGAUCUUAUUAUUAUUAUUAUUAUCGAUAAUAUUAUUAUCAUUAAACUACACAAUAAGCUAGAGUGUGCGUGUGCCUGGGAAUGACCCUCUCACUUUCUGAGUGACUAUAAGGCCAACCUGCUCUCCCAUAACUCACCCAUCUGCUGCAACUGUGAAUGUAAAUUAACUUGUGCAUGUCCACACACACACACAAAUACACACACACGCCAAUACACACCCAUGCCUACACCUACACACACACUCCUACACACACACACACACGUUUCAGCUCAGUUCACUGCCUGCAGAAUCUAUGUUGCUCAGAUUUUCACAUGUGAUGUACAUAUUUUAAAAAUGCCGACUAAUUUUGUUUUUUGGGAGCUUUGUGGUUUGUUAGAGCGUUAGAGCAGAACUCGGCGGUCAUGAUGUUGUAGUUUAUCAAAUCAACAGAAUCGGAUCAAACUCACUGAUGCAGCUAAUCAGCCAUUUCUAAAGUCACUGUGUCCUCUUCUUGUACAGUAUCUAGCCUGUUUUAUUGAUAUGUGUGAAACUUGAUCUGAGCCUUCGUCCGUAUAUAUGUGCUCUACAUUUCAUAUUUGAAGACGUGUGAUGAGAUUCGACACUAAACGGCAUUCAGUUUCCAUGUAAUUUUGACCCGAUAUGAAAUGUAAAGAAGCGCAUCAUCAGCAAAAGACUGUACUCUGCACUUUAUCCCAACAACACAGAGGAUUUUCAGGAGAUAUCCAACUUAUUCAUGAUGGCUUCAAAUGCUUUGAGUGUAUUUUUAUGGCCAUAAAGUUCGCCACUGCAAAGUAAAUGACUGGGUAAUCUGUGUAAAGGUUCACUGUAAUAAAAAAUGUCUGAUUUCAAACCCCUUUCAUUAACCUCUGUGGAAAUGACUUUAAUAUUUCACUUAGUCUACUUUACCCACCGUCAUGGAACCUGCAGAAUAGACUGGAAUAAAGUCGUCAUAAAGCAUCAACUUAAAGUUUAGGCUACGUUCACACAGCAGGUACUGAUGAUCAAUUCAGUUUUUUUUUUUAUGUUUUUCUUUUUUGCGAAAAAGAACUGAUACCACAAAUUAAUUACGACCUCAAUCAGACUUCAGUGUGAACGGUCUGUGACCCCGAAGCGACGCGAACGGACAGAAAAGGAACGUCUAACCAAGACGUCCAACAGCAGCGCACCGUUUACGGAGGUAAUAAUAAAUGCCGUCAUGUAUGUUUAAAUUUUAAAAUUAUUCUGCAAAGGGAGAUGACAGCAUUGUCACAGAAUCAUAAUAGGUUGAAGUAAGCUAAUAAAAAGAAGUCACAACUAAUAGCAACGGCGUUUAGCAGAGCAUUGAGUGCGACGUCUGUGGAGGAAUCGGUUUGGAUGUGGAGUCAGAAGUCAGAGUGAUGAGAUUGUGAUGCGCUUCACUGAUACACACGUCUUUCAUAAUAGCAGAACUAGAAUCUUCCAUCAUUGUUUACAUCAAAGUUUACCACGUCUGGCUUCUUCUGGUGCAGAAUUAAGACACCAGUAUGACAUCAAAGGUGGAUAAAAUGCGACGUGACCGUUCAGUCUGUAGAUGCCGUGAAAACAAUCGGAUGCAUAUCUGAUUUAGUGCCACAUGUGGAACAGAUCAAAUUUUUUUUGUAGGGUGACGGUGUCUGAAUUGGACUGUUCAGUGUUUGACAUGAGUCGCAUACGGGGGGAAAAAAGUCCGAUUUGGGUCGGAUCAGGCUGCUGUUUGAAUGUAGCCUUGGAGUGCUGUGGUGUUUUAUCAGUAUAAAGCUCAUGGAAAUACUUCAGAAAUAUCUAUAUUUUUGAAUGACAGAUCCUCUAUCAGAGCAGGUUUCUUCUACAUUCCUGUUAGAGUCUUACUCAUCAGAUGUGGCUAAAGCCCCUGGCAUCUGCCCAUAUCCUUCCUAAAACAAAAAAUAUUCACUUUUAGUGAAUCAGAUCCCAAUUCAAAUUUGACUCCUGAUGAUGCUGGGCAGCUGAAAUGAAAGCCAAGGCAUUAGUGGCUGCUUUCAGACUGGCUUUAAGAAUUGUUAAUGUCCAUUACCAUAGUUUCUAGAUUCUUUCAGUUUUUUAUACAAUGUAGACAUGUUAUUUUUUUGUUCCUCUUAGUGGAUGAGAUGAACCUGUAACCAGAAUCACUAAAGUAACAGCUGGAAUAGUGAAGGUUCCUCGCUUUAAGGAAUGUUUGUUUCAGCUUUUAUCUCCAGCUGAGUGUUUUUCACGGAUGAAGUCGAUCUUUGUAAAAAUCAGUGCUGGAUGACGGUUGAUUUCAAGUUGAAAGACACUUGGCUUUGUUCUUCAGAUGCAUCAAAAAGAUGCCUUCAUGUUUAUUCUUUUCAGAUGAUUAAAGCACUUUUUGUGUACAUGACAGAUUUUUUUUUUUCUGAAUAUGAAAGAGGGAAAUAACUUAACUUGUGGUCUUGUAAUUUGUAUCUUGCUAUUAUUUAUAUUGUAAAUUGUGUUCAAGAAUAAAUUCUGUCAGAUUCUUCCUGUGAA